AUGGCAUCAUGGCAACAGCGAAAGAGAAGCCAGAGCUUGAAGACCCUCCCACCUCACUACGGUCUCCUGUUUGGGAACACUUUGGCUUCCCUGUUCAAAUACAUAACGGGGAUAGACGAGUGGAUAAAUCCAAAGUUGUAUCUCCCCCGCUUUGCCGACAUUGUUCCACGGAGAUCGGACAGAGGAUGUCAACAAGAUAACAGCUGGAGCAUCUUCAUCUCCUGGGACAUCCUCCUCAUCACCUCCAGCUAA